AUGCUUGGACUCGGACCCGUGUUAGCCCUGCUCCUCGCGGCAAUCGAGGUGUCGCAGGUGAAUGCGGCAUAUUCGCUCUACAAGGACUACUCUGGGAGUACAUUUUUCGACGAUUGGACAUUCUAUGGUGCGUUGGGGUGUGUCAGGCAUCUCUGUCUCCGUCGUCUGCGGCGCGCAAGCUGCCAGUGGGGCUGUGCAGUGCUGUGUCUUGGCUGAAAUUCGAGCUGACUGCGUGGAUGCGUAUACACUGCCACCUCACACUUGAUGCAUUCUGAUUCGCUGUUCGGCUCGCUGGCAAAACUUGUUCUAUUCAGGCAAGUACGACAACUUGACCAACGGUAAGCUUCUUGCUCGGUUGCCCAUCUCCCGCCAGCGUGUCUCGAUCGAAUUCCUUGGCUGAACCACGUCGUGUGGGGCGCUCGGGACGAUUCAUCGCGCCUUCGCGCGCAGGCGACACGAUCUGGGUCAAUCAAUCCGCGUCCGCUCAAUUGGCCUACGUCAACUCCGCCGGCAGAGCAAUCAUCAAGGUCGACAACACUUCCGUCGUACCCUACAACAGCAAGCGUGAUUCCGUCCGCAUUACUACCAACGCGAGCGUGAGUUCAAACCUCUACGCCCGCGCCGCUCAACCAUGCCCGAGGAUCGGUAGCUGAUCGGAUAAACUCUUCUUUUCUGAUGAUUCUUAGUUUGGUAUCGGAUCUUUGUGGGUCUUUGACGCGUACCACGUCCCAUAUGGGUGCUCCGUGUGGCCGGCAUUGUGGAGCGUGGGCCCGAACUGGCCUCUCAACGGAGAAAUUGACACGUUCGAAGGAGGUCCGCGCCUGCCUCAGGGUUCAAUUGCUGUAGAAAGGUACUGACAAACUCUCUCCAUUCUCUCAAAAAAGUCAAUCUUCAGGCCACGAAUCAAUAUGCUGUGCGUAGACCCCGGCGCUUCGGCAUCUGUUUACUACAGAAUGGCCCGUCUGACAAGUCUGUCUCGAUCCACAGAUCCACACCGAUACAGGCUGCCUUGCUACUAGUCCAUCAAACACUAUGACCGGUAAUCUGACAUACACCAACUGCUCGGCUUACUCAAACUACAACGCUGGCUGCACCAUCACCGAUCCUCGCAAGACCUCGUACGGCGCCGACUUUGCCGCGAACGGCGGAGGAGUCUGGGUGACCGAGCUCGCUUCCACAGGGAUCAAGAUCUGGUUCUUCCCGCGAGCAUCGGUGCCUUCAGAUCUGCUGGCGACCAACAAGAAUGCGCAGCCGAACCCGAGUGGAUGGGGUCUGCCGGCUGCGUACUACCCGAGUCAACCGAGUUGCGACAUCUCGACGUACUUUGGUCCUCAACAGUUGACAAUCGACAUCACCUUGUGUGGAGACUGGGUAUGUCUACAGCCCGUUUCAAUGUCUCCGUGGGUCUGAAAAUUGUGCUUAUGUGAACUUUGGCGGUGAUGGUGACCUCACAGGCUGGACAAGCCGCGGUGUACAGCCAAACGUGUCCCCUCAAGCAGUCUUGUUACCUCGAUAGUGUCCUGAACCCGUCCACCUACAACACUGCCUACUUUGAACUAGAUAGCGUCAGGGUGUACAAUGAUGGAUCACCCGAGGCCACCUCAACCGUCGUCAAGACGAACUCGACCUUCUCCCCGACGGCAACCGGUGGAAAUGCUCCUGCAUCGACCACGAGAUCGUCGAGCGCUCGCAGAGUUUUGAUGGAGUUUGGGAGCCACGGAGUAGUGGCAUUAGCAUUGGCUGUGAUCUUAAUGGCGGUCGGAGCUGGUCUGGUUUGGUAG